AUGGCUGCCGAUGAUGGCAAAACGAAUAAUACUAUAAUAGAGCGGUUCUUCAGUCUCAAAUCCUUUAUUGAAGAGCUCAGUGAUUCCCCAAACAAUCAUGAUGACAAUGUGAAGCGUUUCAAUGAGAUGCUAAACUCGUUACCACGGGACCAGAUAAACAUUUAUACGACCGAUUCCCAAAGGAACACCCUCCUGCAUAUUGCACUUGAGGAAGACGUUGAAUGGGCGGCCGAAACUCUCCUUGAAGCGGGAGCGUCUGUCUCGGAGAAAGAUUUCCUGGGAUGCCAACCAUUGCACACAGCUUGCAAGACGGGCGACCAUUCACUUGUCAGACUGCUUUUGAAUCAUAAUGCUGAUAUACAAGCAGAAGAUAAUUAUGGGUGGUCUCCCUUACAUUAUGCUUCAUAUUCCGGGGAUGAAAGCAGCGUAGAGUUGCUUCUAAAAUUAGGGGCGAAACCCCUAGUGCUUAGCAUGUAUGGAAAGACACCCUUCCAUCUUGCCGUCGAAGGCGGCUAUACAGAGAUGGUGAAAAUGUUCCUUGACAAAAAUAUGCUAUUCCGUGUUAAUGUUAAUGCUCGUGGGGUACAGAAAAAGACAGCAUUACACCACGCUGCUUCUUCAGGACAUGAGGAAGUCAUCAAAGCAUUAAUUGACAAAGGCGCGAAGAUUGGCUUGAAAGACACGGCUGGAAAUACUCCACUGAUGACAGCAACGAGGAUGGGGAAGUUAGGUAGCAUGAAUACGUUAUUGGCUUUGUGUGGGUAUAACCAAGCGAAUAUCUCAGACAACACAGGCAAGACACCACUCUUAGUGGCGAUUGAAGAUGAGAAUUUGGGGCCCCUGGAUAUACUGUUGAAGUACUGGCCUGAUGAAAACAAGCGUAAUCCCGCCGUCUACCAAAAACUCCUCUCAUAUAAAGGGUUAACUCCUACGGAGGGAAUACUAAAAAUGCAAAAGUCUAUCCUAGACGCUCUCGAGAAUGACCAGGAAGCUUUUGACGAGGCUCUUUUCUGGGCGGCAACAAAAUUUGAGAGGCACGAAAUCGCAAAGGAACUUCUUACCCGCAACCUAUACUUGGAGACGAACCAGUUCAGUGCUAUUGAGUUGGCUACUCAACAACAAAAACCGGACGUACUCUGGUUUCUCAUUGCGACUUCCCCAAGCACACAUAAAAUUACCGAAAGCAUCAAGUCGGCCAAAGCCAAGGCAGAAGAGACCGACGCAGGAGGAUAUCAGACUGAUGUUAUGAAGCAUAUAAUAGACAUAUUGGAAGAUCCUCCGAUCGCGCAGUUGUAUAAGGACGAUGAUAUUUCGGGGCCUCCGCGGUUGAGGUUUGAGCAUUCUGGUCCUGUGAAAGAAUUUAAAGCACUUAUAGCCAGGUUCUACAAGGCCAACCAUGUUUCAGGUACUAUUCGAAAGACGCGAAACGUAAAGAAUACCGUGUAUGGCAAGGGACCUACAAAGAUAAUGACGGGAGCAAUGUCUAAUCUCAAGAAUAUUAUGGGGGGGAGCUUCGACAAUAAGGAUGAUGAUGCCAAGUCUUCUCAACUUCGAGCUACAUAUGGCAAAGACAACUUGAGAUUUACUUAUAUCCACUUACCGGCUACAAAUGUAUGUAUCCCCAAAGAUCCCAGCUACCUGUUAUAA